CGUCACCUCAUUCCUUGGCUUGGUCUCUAAGCAAACGAAAGGAAGCGAGUUCGCCAGGGGGAAAAACUAAAACCGAAAAAACAAAGAAAGCGAUCGAGCGAGCGAGCGAGCGCGCGCGAGAGAGAGAGCAUGGGGUGGAAGUGGGUGGAUGACGAGUCCUCGGAUUCCUUGGCUUCCGGCCGGGGUUUCGGCGAGUUGGGGGAGCUGGUAAACCCUAACGCUAGGUCGGGGGAGGAUCGGUGCUUGACGAGGAGGGUGGUGAAAUCGAGCUGCCGGACGGAGGAGGUCGAGCCCGGGAGAUUCGUCAAAAAGUGCGAGAUGACCGAGCAGACCCUAAGAGAUUGCAUCGGGAGGCCUAUAGAGGUGGUGGAAUCGAAAACUGAGCACACUGAAGAGGAUGUUACAGACGAAGUGACAAGAGGGGUGGCUCCAUUUGAUUCGGCGAUUAUUGAGCCCUUCACUUUUCCAGGGCUUCGCGGUGACAUUGAAGCUAUGGAACGAGGCUUGUUUGGUGGUCUCAAUCGUUUCCUGGAGUCAGCUGAAGAGAUGACGAAUGAAUUCUUCCGCUCGUUUGGCAUUCCCUCUUGGCAAGGUAGGGAAUCAAAUUUUGGUCGCUGGAAACCUGCAGAUAAGCAACAACAUGAGAGAGAUCCUUCAGAGCAAAUCAACGAGUCGCCCUAUUCUGAAUAUGCUGGGGAAAUCAGAGACGUGUGAAAAGUUAUUCCUAUGUUCUUUGUGAUGAUGUAGUAAUCCCUGGUAUCGUGAGACAUUCGAAACCUAGCUGUAUUCUUAUCAUUUAAAAAAAGAAAAACUAGCUGUAUUUGAAGGAACAAUGAAUUUCCCAACAGUUUUUGAAUGGCAUGCAUUUAUCCCGCGGCAAGGCGCCUUUCAUAAAUAAA